GAAGAACUCCUUGGAUAUGAAUCUUCUUGGGCAAUGAACAGGCCACGCAAUCAUCAGCCUCGACCCUCUGGACAAAGCCAACCCCGAGGCCGGGGCCGGGGAGGGAGAUCCUCAAACUCGGGUCGACGGGCACCCGGGACGCCGCAGCAAGCAGCUGGGACUGUUCCAACAUCUAGACAGGUGGUGCCUGGUGCUGCAGUUUUUAUCAUUCUGAAGGAAGACCAGCCGACGGGCCGGGAAACGCAAGGAGUCGUCCAGGAUGUUCUCACAUCGGGAGAUCAUCCUCGCGGCAUCAAAGUCAGAUUACGGAACGGCCAAAUAGGUAGAGUGCAAAGGCUUGAUGACGGGUCCUCAGAGCCAUCAAAUGGGACAGCGUGGGCUCCGAGCCCUUCGAAUUUGUCGAACUCAAGAUUCAGCAGCCGGUAUACGGACAUCAGAAAUGAUGACGACUUUGAGUAUUUGGAGGGGCCGCCGCCGAGAAAUCUGGCAGACUUCAUGCCGGAUUUAGACCCACCGACAACCAGCACAUCUUCUAGUGAAGCCGGAGGUGCUCGCUUAGAUGAAGGCACGGCUGUUUGCCCGAUUUGUGAGGCGUUUGAAGGAGACGAGGCUGCGGUUACGCACCACCUGGAACGAGAACACUUUGGAUGAGCUAGGAUUUUUUUUAACCCAUUAACCAAUGUCAACCGCCUCUUCCUAUGACGAUGAAGAUCUAGUUCGGCGAGAUUUGUGGCGUAUAUGCAAACUGUGUUGGGUGGAAACUAUGGCGUUGCAGGCGUUAACGGUCGACCUCUUUCUCUCUUCAAGCCAGCGUUAAUCUAAAUAUCACUAAAAUUAAAUCCAUACACAUAGAGACUAG